GUUAGGAACAAAAACCCUAACGCUCUCUGUAUUUUUAAACGGUUGAACCCUGAAGCAACUUUCUUCUCCGUUCGAUUCAUUUUUCCGGCAGCCCUUUCUUCUUCUUGUUUUUUUUUUCCCUUCAUUUUCUGGAACAAUAAAGAAGGAAAGAGAAAAAGAUGGUUUGGUUUCAAUGCGAGGAUUGCGGCGAUAACUUGAAGAAACCAAAGUUAGCAAACCACUUCAGAAUUUGCUCUGCUUCCAAGCUAUCGUGCAUUGAUUGUGGAGGGAUUUUUGGGCAGCAAAGCGUUCAGGGUCAUACGCAAUGCAUUACUGAGGCAGAAAAAUAUGGUCCUAAGGGACAAGGUAAAUCACCGAAUAUUUCGAAUGCAAAACCCAGCAAGGAAACAAAGGAAAAACCUGAUAUUGAUAUAAAUGUGGGCUUAUCUCAACGUCCUCCAUGGUUUUGUAGUCUUUGCAAUACCAAGGCUACCAGCCAGCAGACCUUGCUUCUUCAUGCUGAUGGAAAGAAGCACAGGGCAAAGGCUCGGGCUUUCCAUGCUAAGCAACAACCUAAACGGAUAGAAGAAUCUGCCCCAGAUACUAAGGUUUCAACUGAAAAUAAAGUGAAUGGUGAGUUGGUGGAGAAUAAAUCUGUUGGAGAGGCCAAACAACAGGACCUGCCCAAAGAUGGCCAUGUCCAAAUCAACUUAGAAGCAGCAAAUGGAGAUUUGUCAUCAAAGAAAAAGAGAAAAAUAGAUGUGUCUGUGAGGGAUGGUACUGACAAAAAUAGCGGGGAUGAUAGCUUAGAGGAAGCAGGCAAUGGAGAAGUCAUUCAGGUUGGGGUAGAAAAAACAGUGGACAUAAAGAGAAAGUCAAAGAAACUGAAACAUGAUAUUGUAAAAGAACAUAAAGCAGAAUCUGCCUCUACCAAAGAAGAUAACAACCGGAAGAUAAAGUGGAAGAAUUUGAUUAAAGCAGCCUUGAAAUCUAGUCCUGAUGAAGUUUUGAAGAUACGAAAGCUGCAAAAACUGGUUCUAAAAGCCCUCCGAGAAGCAGGUGUAGAUGAAGAGAAGUCCCAACUGACUGAAAUGUUGGAGCACAAGAUUACUUCAAGCUCCAGAUUUACAGUUGACAACAAAUACGUCCGUCUAGUGGCUAAAGACUAAAAUUAAUCUUUAAUGAAGCUCUUUUGUGGUGGAUUUUGGAGGAUGGCAAUGUCACCGGCAAUUGUUUUUCCAUUGCAGUUUUACAGUCAUUCGUUCCUUCUUUUUUCUUUUUGGAAGGCCAGUCAUUUAUUACUACCUUUUUUUUUAGAAUUAAGUUGGAGCUGAUCUUUAACCUAUUAAUCGUCUCCAAUGCUUACAGAAAUUGUCUUCAUCUACUGUAUAAGAGCAAGGAGAAUUUUGCCCAAGUUAUGAGUGUAAUUCACAUUGAAAUACCACCAAAAAGGAUUUUGUGUA